AUGACUCUGGGACCCCUUGGAAAGGAGGGGUUCCUGAAGCUUAAUGAAGGCUAUGUCAGCUUCGCGGCGUUUGUUGGGAAGUUGACAGAUGUUAUCAACACAAUGCUGGUGACUUGUGCUGUUUGCUGCUACCUGUUUUGGCUGAUUGCGAUUCUGGCUCAACUCAACCCUCUCUUUGGGCCACAGUUAAGCAAUGAAACAAUCUGGUAUCUUAGAUAUGACUGGCCUUAA